UAUGUUUAUGCUAAACCAAACAGGAAAAUAGUUUUCCUGGGCUUCAUGAUACUGGAGAGGGGGAAGUGUUUGACAGAAUAACAUAAUUUGGUUUUUGGAAAGGAGAAAACUUUUAGUGCUCAACACCACACUGCUAUAAAACAAUAUAUAAACAAAAAUGUCAUUACGUAUAGUGGUGACAAAAGCUACCAGAAUUGUGUAAGCCACCCUCCCUAAAAGUGAACUAAUAACAUAUUAUUUUGAAAAUAAUAUUUUCCUGAACUAAUAACAUAUUAUUUUGAAAAUAAUAUUUUCCUCUCUCUCUCUCUCUCUCUCUCUCUCUAUUAUAUAUAUUCCUUUGGGGUCAGUCUUUGAGGCAUGAAAUCAUUUACACUUGGACAUGGGGUUGAUAGUCAUGGCCUCACUGUGCUGUGUUUCUCUCUUAAUUCUUUUGAUACCUUAUGCUUCCUCCCAUGCUCUGGAGCAGUCCUUCCACUUGCAAGCAACAGAAGCAGUGCGUUUUCGUCCGACGAGGAAGUUUAGACUGAUGGAAGAGGCGGGAGCGGUUAAAGCACAUGGAUCCCCAGUUCCCAUACAAAACGAUAACCACGAGGACAAUGUUUCAGGCCAGCCUUAUAAAAGGGAGCAAAAGGGAAUGAACUUGAGCAGAAGGAAGGGGAGAAAGUGGCUGGAUGUAGACGACAUGUCGUCACGUUUUUUCACAAUGGAUUACGUUCACACGAGACGACGUCGUCCUGUACAUAACAUGUCGCGCCAGCGUCCUUGAAGUUGAAGUUGACGCAAUUUUCUAAUCUAACCCCCUAUUUUCUUCUAUUUCCAAUUUUAACCCAAGGAAAUCGAGGGAUUUGCAUCUUUAACCAUCUAUUAUGGCCGACAAAACAAAACGGCGGACGACCUUAUAAUUAAAAAUAAUUAAAUAUUAGGGUGGGCCCACUUAGGGGUCUUGAUGUAACUUCCAUCAUUCUAUUAGGUGAUGUAUUUUUUACAUUAUUUGCAUGCUUCUUAUAAUUAUUUAAUAUUUUCUGAU